AAGUUGUUUACGAUUACAAAAAGAAUUUCACAACAGCUGUACAUACUAAUAAAAAGUAACUGGUUUAAUUUGUAGAACAUUAUUAUAGGCAUUAUUUAAAUAGAUAGCUGCAUUAUUUACUAUGUGUUUAACUUAAAAACAAAUUUAAUACGUAGAACGAUGUGUUCGUCAUCAAUAAUAACUUUCUUUACUCAAUGGAGAUUGUGGAUAAGGCCUUUCUUAAUAGGACUUUAUGCUAUAUUAAUAGUUGCGUUAGUGCCUGCACUGGUAGCACGUUCUAUUAAAAAUGGAUUCACCAAAGCAGAUCAACUUUCUUUGGUGGCUGGAGGAUUUGUUUUGCUUGCAUUGCCGAUUUCUGUAUGGCAAAUCAUACAACACGUAGUACACUACACGAAACCUUCACUGCAAAAGCAUAUAAUUCGGAUUUUGUGGAUGGUCCCAAUUUAUGCAUUAAAUGCAUGGCUCGGUUUGGAGUUUCCGGAGCAGUCAAUAUAUAUGGACUCUUUAAGGGAGUGUUAUGAAGCAUAUGUAAUUUACAACUUCAUGAAAUAUCUUUUGAAUUAUUUGAAUGAAGACCGUGACCUAGAGGAGUUCUUAGAAACAAAACCACAAGUGUACCAUAUUUUCCCUUUAUGCUGCUUAACCCCAUGGGAAAUGGGCAGUGAAUUUGUUCACAACUGUAAACAUGGCAUCCUCCAAUACACCCUCGUAAGGCCGUUAACCACAGUUAUAUCAGUCAUAUGUGAGCUAUGCGGAGUAUAUGGAGAGAGUGACUUCAGUCCGAAUGUGGCGUUCCCCUACAUGAUAGCGUUCAACAAUUUGUCUCAGUUUGUGGCCAUGUAUUGCCUGGUUCUCUUCUACAUGGCAAACAAACCAGAAUUGAAGCCUAUGAAACCAAUUGGAAAGUUUCUUUGUAUAAAGGCAGUGGUGUUCUUCUCGUUCUUCCAAGGGGUUAUAAUCAACAUCUUAGUAUACUGUGGAGUGAUAUCUUCAUUGUUUGAUAUAUCAGAUAAAGACAAGAUAAAGAUUAUAUCUUCAAAACUGCAGGAUUUCCUGAUAUGCAUAGAGAUGUUCUUAGCCGCGGUGGCACACCACUACAGCUUCACGUACAAGGCGUUUGUGUCGCCUUUGGACUCGUCACCGUCAUGUCUAGGCUCGUUCCUGGCUAUGUGGGACGUGUCUGAUGUUAAGAGGGACAUUUCAGAACAUCUAGGAGUCGUAGGUAGCACAUUUAGUCGAAGAUUACGCGGUAAGUCGAUGUACCAUAUGGCGAGAGGUGCCGACGAAAGUUCUCGACUAAUGAGCGAGCCGGUAGCGUCCAGUUCAGCUCCUAGCCUGACCAUAGACCCGGAUCCUAAUGUAGAAAUUCGACCUACAACGUACGGAUCCAUAGACACGACGCUUGUCAACUCGGACGCUGAACCACUGAUAAGCAAUGACGAACGAAACGGCAACCCGAAUGUGUAACGAAAUGUUUUGGUAUUUACAAAAAUAUUAUAUCAUUUAGAGUACCUACAUAAGAUUAAAUCAGGUUGUACAUUCCGGUGGACGAAUGUUGCUUCGAAGCGAUCGGCAUACUUGCUUUAACUCUUACAAUCAUUUACUUAUUCAUCACAAUGUAUAAAUUAAUAAUUAAAAUUAGUGCUAUUAACUUUAUAUUCGAUAAGUACAUUGUAAAUAUAGUUUCAACAUAUUUUUGUAUCAUGAUCGUUCUAUAGCACGCUAGAUGAAAAGUAGGGCUUCUUUAGUCAAAUCUACAAAAAUCAGAAUAAUAUAUGCUCCUAGUUAUCACUGAUCCAAUAACGGAGUAUAGGUAUAGCACAGAAUAGAUAUUACAAGUAAAUAAAGGCACAUGUUCAAAUCCUACCUCGGCCAUGUUCCGUCAUCGGUAUUUUCGAAGUUAUGUACAUUAGUUUGAAAACUAACCUAUUCUCUUACGGCGAAUGAAAACAUCGCGUGGAAACCAGCACAUUCAGGCAACUGGAUGAGUAACUCUGACUCACCAAAU